UCUAUAUCAUUAUUAGGGUUUAAUUUAAUCAACCCUUUUCAACUGCUUUAUUUGUCCCUUUCCCCCUCAUUUUCCAGCUUCCAAUUGUUAGGGUUAGGGUUUUAGGUUUCUUUUAGUAAGUUCUUGGAGAUAUAGAGGCGUUCUCUUUUAAUGGUUGAUGGUGUAGCAAUGGAUACAGUGAACCAACGGGGACUACUAGGGAGACCAUACGGAUAUCUGCAUGAUGACGGAGGAUUUGAGAGGAAAGACAUUAAAGGAGCUCACAAGGCGGUCAUGAAUGGAGUCAUGAGUUCAGUUCAACCUACUCGAACCAGUGAACUCACCAUUGCUUUUGAGGGUGAGGUCUACGUCUUCCCCGCAGUUACUUCUGAAAAGGUCCAGGCAGUUUUACUACUACUGGGAGGAUGUGAUACAUCAAUUAAUGUGCCCAGCUCCGAGUUCCUACUACAAGAAAAGGUCAAGGUUGUAGGUGACUCUUCACGAGGUUCAAAGAUUUCCCGAAGAAUUGCCUCGCUAGUCAGAUUUCGUGAGAAGCGGAAAGAGAGAUGCUUUGAAAAGAAAAUACGCUAUACUUGCCGAAAAGAGGUUGCUCAGAGGAUGCAUCGUAAGAAUGGUCAGUUUGCAUCAGUCAAGGACUCUAACUCAGGUGAAGGAAGCUGUGAUCAAAGUGAUGACACCCCUGACUCUGUCUUGCGUAGUUGUCAACACUGUGGGAUCAAUGAGAAGUUAACCCCGGCAAUGCGUAGGGGGCCAGCUGGUCCCAGAACACUUUGCAAUGCUUGUGGCCUUAUGUGGGCAAACAAGGGAACACUGAGAGAUCUUAGAAAAGGAGGCAGGAGUACUCACUUUGAUUCAAAGGAGCUGGAAACUCCAACUGAUAUUAAGCCUUCAACUUUGGAACCAGAAAAUUCUUUUGCCAAUAAUGAUGAGCAGGGAAGCCCACAAGAGAAGAAGCCUGUACCUAUGGAUUCUGAAAAUCAUUUAAUAACAUCAAACGAGCAGGAAUUCGCACAAAAUUCACAUCCUUUUCUCAUCCACGUGGAGAAUUCCUCAGUCAACCUUGAUAACGAGGACAUACAGGAAACACUAGAAGAGCUUGCUGAUGCUUCAGGGUCGGAUUUUGAGAUACCUUCACAUUUUGAUGAACAGGUUGACAUUGAUGAUAGCAACAUCGUGACCUUGUGGCCUGGGACUUAAAAAGAUGGAGGUUUGAUUUGGUUUUGACAUGUUUUGAUCAGCCAGCACUGAUAUCGACUAACUAUAGGUUUCCGGAGAUCUGUUGUUCAUAGACACAGGAUCGGGAUCAUUCCCUUGUAAUUGAAUUGCUAAAAUCAAUACAGUCGUCUCCUUUUUUCCCCUUUGAUAUUUUGUUAUAAUUAUAAUGUGAAUAAAUAUAAUAUUUGGUGCUUUCCUUCUU